GAGUCGCGGAUGUCUACAAAACUCGGCGAUUUGCACGUGACAGCUCUAUAAUUUGUUGUUGGGCUUACUUGGGCCUAUUCCGAUAACUUAUCCAGUUUUUGUUUGUAUCGUUAUUGAGCUUAAUUGGGCUUAUUCCGUAAACUUGGUAUCCAGAUUGAUAUUGAGUUCAUUAUCCAAAAUAAAUUUCUUGAACAGAGAUAAUCUUAAAGAAGGUUUCUCUAAUUUUUCCUUAAGCCUGAAAAUAAGUUUCUAUCAAAAUGUCAAAAUAAAACCAUUCAAGGUUCCAUGCAAGUAAAAAAAACACAAUCAAAUCGUAGAGUUCUUUGUUAGAAAAUGUUUAUAAAAUGUAUUUAUAGUAUUUACAUUCAUAAGAAAAUUAUUAAAUUCUAUAUCAUAAACAAUUAAGGUUUUCACUUUAUUCUCAAUUAUUUUUUUUUUUUUGGUAGGGCAUGAAAAUAUAAAAACAAAUUUAAAGCUUCAAAACAUAAAAUUGCUAAAAGCAAAGUAUAAGGAACAAAACGUUUUAAAGCUGUAAUAAAAAACAGAACUCAUUUAUCUACUGAUGAAGCAAAGAACAUAAGAAUCCAACGUGUUUUCCAGAUUUCUUGCAUGACAAGUAUCCACUCUAUAUAUAUAAACAAAUAAGCCAAUGUUUGACUCCAAACCCCCUUAGCUAUAAGUACGUAGACCUAAUGCCGACAACAGCUUCUCCAAAUCGGCCACUGCAUCCCCGCCGUUCCCGUGUCUGCUACGUUUUCCUCGUCAUUCUAACCCUAAUCUUUAUCAUUGCUGUAGGUUUUCUCAUUACAUGGCUUGUAACCAAACCCAAAAAGCUUCAUUACAGUCUCGAAAAUGCCUCGGUCCAAAAUUUUAACCUCACGGACGACAAUCACAUGUCCGCUACGUUCAAACUCACCAUCCAAUCUCAUAACCCUAACCACAGAAUAUCUGUUUACUACAAUUCCGUCGAGAUAUACGUGAAAUUCAAGGACCAGACGCUUGCGUUCGACACGAUGGAGCCGUUUCACCAACCGCGGAUGAACGUAACGCAAAUUGAUGACACUUUGGUUGCACAGAACGUCGCCGUUUCAAAAUCCAGUGGUAAGGAUUUAAGGGAUCAACAUUCCUUGGGAAAGAUCGAGCUUGAAGUGUACGUUAAGGCGAAGGUUAGGUUUAGAGUCGCGGUAUGGAAAUCAUCACAUCGAACGGCUCAUAUUAAGUGCUCUCAUGCCACGGUCUAUUUGUCGCAGUCAAACAAAUCGCUGAACAGUUCUUGUGAGGCUGAUAUUUGAUUAGCAUGUUUGUAUUGUCACAUUAAUAAUGUUCUUGUUAACAGUUGAUAUUCAUUUCCUUCCCAUUGUGUAUGACUUUUAUUUUAAUAGUUUACUUCAAA